CGCCGCCGACGGCGUCACCGCGGGCUCCUGUCCCGGUGCCCAUCCCCGGUGCCCAUCCCCGUCCCCGGUGCUCAUCCCCGGUGCCCAUCCCCGGUGCCCAUCCCCGUCCCCGGUGCCCAACCCCGGUGCCCGUCCCCGGUGCCCAUCCCCGGUGCCCAUCCCCGGUGCCUACCCCUGGUUCCCAUCCCCGCUGCCCAUCCCCGUCCCCGGUGCCCGUCCCCGGCCCCAUCGCCCGUGCCCAUCCCUGGUUCCCGUCCCCGGCCCCGGCCCCGUCCCGGCCCCGCCGCGCUCCGCCCGUUCAGACGGUCACCGCGCCCCGGUGCCCGCUCCGCGGGGUCUCCGUGGCCUCGCUCGGGUCCAGAGGGCGCUCGGCCCGUGGGGGGGGCGAAGAACGGGCACGGAGCUGCCCCCGCCCGCUCGGUGCUCCCCGGGGCCGCGGGGAUGCUCGGGGCUGGCGGGGCCGCGGGCGGGUUCGCGCUGCUGCUGCUGCCGCUGCUGCUGCCCCGGGCCGCCCGCGGGCUGGCGGUGUGCGGGCUCUGCCCGGGGCUGCCGCGGAACGGCUCCAUCGUGUCCCAGUUCUGUGAGUCCCAGGGCGACACCGAGAGCGACGGGCGAUGCUGCCGGGAGCGGGGCCCGACCCCAGGGCGGCUUCUGGGGCUGGACCUGAGCAACUGCUCCCUGCACAGCAUCCCCCCAGGACUGGCCGAGGCCACCGCUGCCAUCGUCCUGGACUUGACUGAGAACCCCCUGACAACUCUCCCCACUGGUUCCUUCCUGGGUUUCAUCCACCUGCAGAGCCUCGCGGUGCCGCUGGCGCUGCAGUGCCCAGGCGGGAGUGACGCCUGGCAGGACGUGACAGUGGACAGGAGCAGCCGGCUGUGCCAGGGGCAGAGGAACCCCUGCAACACCUCUGUGGGACUCGCCUGGCCGUGUCCUGAAAACUCAGUGUGUGCCCCUGACGGCCCCGGCCUCACCCAGUGCCUCUGCAAAGAUCCCUUCCACGGCUACAAGUGCCUGCGUGAGGGCACGUUCCCGAUGCUUCUCUUUGGAGGAAUCCUGGGCGCUGCCACUGUGUCCCUGUCCCUGCUGCUGUGGGGCACCCAGCGGAGGAAGGCCAAGAGCCCCUGAGCAGGGCAGGGGGCUGUGCCUGGGCUGGCAGCUCUGUGCCAGGGAGGCUCUCAGGAUCAAUAAAGCUGCAGGUCCUCACAGAA